AUGUCUGGGGGGAACAGCUCCUCAGUGGACAGCUUGGCAGGGAACAGGUGCCUGGCAGGCAAUGAGGAGCAGUUUCAGCACUAUGGACAGUUCACUCCCAGCGUCUCCAUCCUGCUGGCUGUGCUGAUGAUUUGAUGGUGCUGGCCACGGUGCUGGGCAAUGCUCUGGUCAUCCUGGCUUUUGUGGUGGACAGAGGGCUCCGGACACAAGGCAAUUUCUUCUUUCUCAACUUGGCCAUUGCUGACUUCCUGGUGGGCGGGUUUUGCAUCCCUCUCUACAUCCCGUAUGUCCUGACCGGCCAAUGGAAGUUCGGCAAAGGUUUGUGCAAGCUGUGGCUGGUCAUGGAUUAUCUGCUGUGCACGGCGUCCGUUUUCAACAUUGUCCUCAUCAGCUACGACAGGUUCAUCUCUGUCACCAAAGCGGUAUCAUACAGAGCUCAGAAAGGUAUGACCAGAAAUGCCGUCCUUAAAAUGCUGUUCGUGUGGGUGGCAGCCUUUCUCCUCUAUGGUCCUGCCAUUAUCAGCUGGGAAUACAUCGCACGUGCCACCAUCUUACCAGAGGGUGAAUGUUACGUGGAGUUUUAUUACAACUGGUACUUUCUCAUGAUCGCCUCCACUGUGGAAUUUUUCACACCCUUUAUCAGCGUCACCUACUUCAACCUCAGCAUCUACAUUAACAUCAAGAAGAGGACCAGGAUGAGGAAUGAGGAGCUGGCCCAAGGCCAUGAGCACUGUGAGAUGAGUUUCCAGAGGAAGAGGAAGGAACACUUAAUAUUUUUUGUCAAGCCAGCUGAGAGGCCUCACACGGAAUGCAGAAAACAGGCCUCUUGCUUGACACCCACGGAGGUUUGCCCUGAAGAACCUAGACCUCAGAGGAUCAAAGGCCACACAUUGGACCUCAACAUAAGUCAGGACCUUCCACCACUGCAGGUUGAUGUCCAAACUAGAAAACACCAAGAUUGCUUUUACAAAGCGGUGGAGAACGCUUGCACUAACGUCAGAACGGACGUGGCUAGUAGCAUUGCCAACCGUUUUAGGCUUUCAAGAGACAAGAGGGUAGCCAAGUCGUUGGCCAUCAUUGUGUGCGUGUUUGGCCUUUGCUGGGCACCCUACACCCUCCUGAUGAUUAUCAGGGCCGCUUGCCAUGGGCGCUGUGUCCAACAUUAUCUUUAUGAGAUCUCAUUUUGGCUACUGUGGGUAAAUUCUGCCAUCAAUCCUGUACUGUACCCUCUCUGCCACAUGAGUUUCCGAAAAGCCUUCAUGAAACUACUGUGUCCGGGAAAAGUGAAAAUACAUCCCCAUAUUUUUAUGUAG